AUGGGCCUUUUGACCAUCCUUGCUGUCGGAGCUGGAGCAGCAGGCUCCGUUGUCGCGUUGCCUGUGGUCCUGGGAGCAGUCGGCUUUGGAUCAGUGGGGAUCGUGGCUGGAUCUUACGCUGCCCAAAUGAUGUCAACUGCAGCUAUCGCCAAUGGAGGAGGAGUGGCUGCUGGGAGUGCAGUGGCUGUACUCCAGUCAGUUGCGAUGGGAGGACUGUCGACGGCUGCUUCUGCCGCAGUGGGCAGUGCUGGAGGAGCUGUGGCCGGUGCCCUCGCACUCUUAAUCUGA